CUGAGCGCUCAGUGCCGGUCGCUGUCACUUGUUCCCGGCUGCAGGAGGGUGAGGCCGCAGCUCAUAGAUUUCUGCUGCUCAGGCCGGCUACCCUGCAACACAAUGGCACAAAAAGACGUAGACAAGUACCUCUAUGUGGAUCGUAACCUCAACAACCCCUUGGCUCAAGCAGACUGGGCAGCCAAGAAGCAGGUUUGGGUGCCCUCGGACAAGCAUGGAUUUGAGGCCGCAAGCAUUAAGGAGGAGGUUGGCGAUGAAGCUGUUGUUGAGCUGGCGGAGAAUGGCAAAAAAGUUAAAGUGAAUAAAGAUGAUAUUCAAAAGAUGAACCCUCCCAAGUUCUCUAAAGUGGAGGAUAUGGCAGAGCUGACCUGCCUGAAUGAGGCGUCAGUCCUGCACAACCUGAAGGAGAGAUACUACUCUGGCCUUAUCUAUACUUACUCUGGCCUCUUCUGUGUGGUUAUCAACCCCUACAAGAACUUGCCAAUUUACUCUGAGGAGAUUGUGGACAUGUACAAAGGCAAGAAGAGACAUGAGAUGCCGCCUCACAUCUACGCCAUCACCGACAACGCCUACCGCAGCAUGAUGCAGGAUCGAGAAGAUCAAUCCAUCCUCUGCACUGGAGAAUCUGGUGCCGGCAAAACUGAAAACACAAAGAAAGUCAUCCAGUACUUGGCAUAUGUUGCAUCUUCCCACAAGUCCAAAAAGGAUCAGGGGGAGCUGGAGCGCCAGUUACUGCAAGCUAACCCUAUUCUGGAGGCCUUUGGUAAUGCCAAGACUGUGAAGAACGACAACUCGUCCCGAUUUGGCAAAUUUAUUCGCAUUAAUUUUGAUGUGAACGGCUACAUUGUUGGAGCCAACAUUGAAACCUAUCUCCUAGAAAAGUCUCGUGCCAUUCGUCAGGCCAAAGAUGAACGGACUUUUCACAUUUUUUACUAUCUGAUGUCUGGAGCAGGGGAGCACCUGAAAGCUGAUCUUCUGCUGGAGGCCUAUAACAAAUACCGCUUUUUGUCCAAUGGGCACGUCACCAUACCCGGUCAGCAGGACAAAGACCUCUUCCAAGAGACUAUGGAUGCAAUGAAGAUUAUGUCCAUCCCUGAUGAUGAGCAGCUGGGUAUGCUGCGUGUGGUUUCAGGAGUCUUACAGUUGGGCAACAUUAUGUUCAAGAAGGAGCGAAACACAGACCAGGCUUCCAUGCCUGAUAACACUGCUGCACAGAAAGUUAGUCACCUCCUGGGAAUAAACGUUAAUGAUUUCACCCGAGCAAUCCUCCUGCCCAGGAUAAAGGUUGGGCGAGAUUAUGUUCAGAAAGCUCAGACUAAGGAGCAGGCAGACUUUGCAAUUGAGGCCCUAGCCAAAGCCACAUAUGAGCGUUUGUUCCGCUGGCUUGUGAUGAGAAUCAAUAAAGCUCUGGAUAAGACAAAGCGCCAAGGCGCCUCCUUUAUUGGGAUCCUGGACAUUGCUGGAUUUGAGAUCUUUGAGCUAAAUUCGUUUGAGCAACUCUGCAUCAACUACACGAACGAGAAGCUUCAGCAGCUCUUCAACCACACAAUGUUCAUCCUGGAGCAAGAGGAGUAUCAGCGUGAAGGCAUUGAGUGGAACUUCAUAGAUUUUGGGCUGGACCUUCAGCCUUGUAUUGACCUUAUUGAAAGACCUGCCGGUCCCCCUGGUAUUCUGGCUCUCCUUGAUGAAGAAUGUUGGUUCCCAAAAGCCACAGACAAGAGUUUUGUGGAGAAAGUGAUACAAGAACAAGGAACCCAUUCUAAGUUCCAAAGACCCAAACAGCUAAAAGACAAAGCAGAUUUCUGCAUCAUGCAUUAUGCUGGCAAGGUAGAUUACAAGGCUGACGAGUGGCUAAUGAAGAAUAUGGACCCGCUUAAUGACAACGUGGCCACACUGCUGAACCAGUCGUCUGAUAAAUUUGUGUCUGAGCUGUGGAAAGAUGUCGACCGAAUUGUGGGUUUGGAUCAGGUUGCCGGCAUGGGUGACACAGCUCUCCAUGGUGCAUUCAAGACCAGGAAGGGGAUGUUCCGUACCGUUGGCCAGCUGUACAAAGAACAACUAUCCAAGCUGAUGGCCACUCUCAGGAACACCAACCCAAACUUUGUCCGUUGCAUUAUUCCUAAUCACGAGAAAAAGGCUGGUAAACUUGACGCCCAUCUUGUGCUGGAUCAGUUACGCUGCAAUGGUGUUCUGGAGGGUAUCAGAAUCUGCAGGCAGGGGUUCCCCAACAGGGUUGUCUUCCAGGAAUUUAGGCAAAGAUAUGAAAUUCUGACGCCAAACUCUAUCCCUAAAGGCUUUAUGGAUGGAAAGCAGGCAUGCGUGCUCAUGAUAAAAGCUCUGGAGUUGGACUCCAACUUGUACCGCAUUGGGCAGAGCAAAGUCUUCUUCCGAGCAGGUGUCCUGGCUCACUUGGAGGAGGAGCGAGACUUGAAGAUUACAGAUGUAAUAAUCAGCUUCCAGGCCUGGUGCAGGGGCUACGUGGCUAGAAAAGCUUUUGCCAAACGACAGCAGCAGUUGACAGCCAUGAAAGUGAUCCAGAGGAACUGUGCUGCUUAUCUCAAACUUAGGAACUGGCAGUGGUGGCGGCUGUUCACAAAAGUUAAGCCGCUUCUUCAAGCAAAUAGAUUUGAUGAAGAGUUGCUUGCAAAAGAUGUGGAGCUUCAGAAGGUGAAAGAUCUCCAGGUUUCUUCUGAACAGAAAAUCUCAGAAAUGGAGCAUCUGCAGCAACAGCUUCAUCAAGAGAAGCUGCAGCUGCAGGAACAGUUGCAGGCAGAAACAGAGCUUUGUGCAGAGGCAGAAGAGAUGCGCUCUCGCCUAGCCGCCAAAAAGCAGGAGCUGGAGGAAAUUCUUCAUGACCUGGAGUCUAGGGUAGAGGAGGAAGAGGAGAGAUGUCAGAUCUUACAAGCUGAGAAGAAGAAAAUGCAGCAGAACAUCGGGGAACUAGAGGAACAGCUGGAGGAGGAGGAAGCUGCCAGGCAAAAACUUCAACUGGAGAAAGUAACUACUGAGGCCAAGCUGAAGAAAAUUGAAGAAGAUGUUAUUAUUCUGGAGGAUCAGAAUGCCAAGCUCAGUAAGGAGAAGAAACUACUUGAAGAUCGUGUUUCAGAAUUCACCACAAACCUUGCUGAGGAGGAGGAGAAGUCUAAGAGUCUGGCUAAACUUAAGAACAAGCACGAGACCAUGAUAUCAGACCUAGAAGAGCGUUUACGUCGUGAGGAGAAGCAACGUCAGGAGUUGGAGAAGACCCGCAGGAAGCUGGAAGGAGACUCUACAGACUUGCAUGAUCAGAUUGCAGAACUGCAGGCGCAGAUAGCAGAACUCAAGAUGCAACUUGCCAAAAAGGAGGAGGAACUGCAGGCUGCACUAGCGAGGGCAGAGGAAGAAGCCACUCAGAAAAACCUAGCACUUAAGAAGAUCAGAGAGCUGGAGUCUCAGAUUAGUGAGCUACAGGAGGAUCUGGAAUCAGAGCGUGCAGCCCGAAACAAGGCUGAGAAACAGAAGCGUGAUCUUGGCGAGGAGCUUGAGGCACUAAAGACUGAGCUGGAGGAUACAUUAGACUCCACUGCUGCACAGCAAGAGCUCAGAACUAAACGUGAGCAGGAAGUGACACAUCUGAAGAAGACUCUUGAUGAAGAGGCACGAACGCAUGAAGCCCAGAUCCAGGAGGUGCGCCAGAAGCACUCACUGGCUGUGGAGGAGUUGUCUGAACAGCUGGAGCAAACCAAACGGUUAAAAGGCAACUUGGAGAAGGCAAAGCAGGCCCUGGAGGGUGAGCGUAAUGAGUUGGCCAAUGAGGUGAAGGCAUUGCUGCAGGGUAAGGGUGACUCUGAGCACAAGAGGAAGAAGCUGGAGGGUCAGGUGCAGGAGCUUCAGGUGAAGGUCACAGAGGGAGAUCGUGUCCGUGCAGAGCUGGCAGAGAAGGCCAACAGACUUCAGGUGGAGUUGGAUAACGUCAGUGGUCUCUUGUCCCAAGUAGACAGCAAAUCCAUCAAACUUGCCAAAGACUUCUCCACUCUCGAGUCGCAGCUGCAGGACACCCAGGAACUCCUGCAAGAAGAGACACGCCAGAAGCUGAGCCUGAGCACCAAAGUCAAACAGCUGGAUGACGAGAAGAAUGGUUUCCUGGAGCAGCUGGAGGAAGAGGAAGAAGCAAAGAGGAACUUGGCCAAGCAGAUUUCCACACUGCACUCUCAGAUGGUGGAUAUGAAGAAGAGGAUGGAGGAUAGCGUGGGUGCACUUGAGAAUGUUGAGGAACUGAAGAAAAAGCUACAGAAGGACCUUGAGGCCUCCAACCAGCGUUAUGAGGAGAAAGCAGCUGCUUAUGAUAAACUGGAGAAGACCAAAACUCGCCUGCAGCAGGAACUGGAUGAUAUCAGUGUUGACCUUGAUCACCAGCGGCAGAUUGUCUCCAACCUUGAAAAGAAGCAGAAGAAGUUUGAUCAGAUGCUUGGAGAAGAGAAAACUAUUUCUGCCAAAUACGCAGAAGAGCGUGACCGUGCCGAAGCAGAUGCUCGUGAUAAGGAGACUAAAGCUAUUUCUUUGGCACGCUCCCUGGACGAAGCUCUGGAGUUUAAGGCAGAGCUGGAGAGGCUCAAUAAGCAGCUGCGAACAGAAAUGGAGGAUUUGGUCAGCUCUAAGGAUGAUGUGGGAAAGAGUGUUCACGAGUUAGAGAAGUCUAAGCGUGCUUUGGAACAGCAAGUUGAGGAAAUGAAGACGCAGCUGGAAGAACUGGAAGAUGAGCUUCAGGCUACAGAGGAUGCCAAGCUGCGCCUGGAAGUUAAUCUUCAGGCCAUGAAGGCACAGUUUGAGCGUGAUCUCCAGGGUCGUGAUGAGCAGAGUGAAGACAAGAAGAAGCAGCUGGUCCGGCAGGUGAAAGAGAUGGAGGCUGAGCUGGAGGAUGAGCGUAAGCAGCGUUCAUUGGCUGUGGCUGCCCGCAAGAAGCUAGAGAUGGAUCUGAAGGACCUAGAAGGACAGAUUGACUCUGCAAACAAAAACCGAGAGGAAGCUAUUAAGCAACUUCGCAAGUUGCAGGCUCAGAUGAAGGAUUACCAGAGGGAACUGGAGGAUACCCGAGCAUCUAGAGAUGACAUCCUGAGCCAGGCCAAGGAGAAUGAGAAGAAAAUGAAGAGCAUGGAAGCUGAGAUGAUCCACAUGCAGGAGGAACUGGCAGCUGCAGAGCGUGCAAAACGCCAAGCCCAGCAGGAGAGAGAUGAGCUGGCAGAUGAGAUUGCAAACAGCAGUGGUAAAGGUGCUCUGGCUCUGGAAGAAAAGCGUCGUCUGGAUUCACGUAUUGCGCAGCUGGAAGAGGAGCUGGAGGAAGAGCAGGGCAAUACUGAGCUGGUGAAUGACCGACUUAGGAAAGCAACGCUCCAGAUUGACCAGCUGAACACUGACCUCAAUGCAGAGCGCAGCAAUGUGCAGAAGAAUGAGAAUGCACGCCAGCAGAUGGAUCGCCAGAACAAGGAGCUGAAAACCAAACUGCAGGAACUGGAGGGAUCUGUUAAAUCAAAGUUCAAGGCCUCAAUGGCUGCCCUGGAGGCAAAAAUUGCACAGUUGGAGGAGCAGCUAGACACUGAGACAAAGGAGCGUCAGAAUGCCAGCAAGCAGGUGCGGCGCACAGAGAAGAAACUCAAGGACGUCUUGAUGCAGGUUGAAGAUGAGCGGCGCAAUGCUGAGCAAUACAAAGACCAGGCUGAGAAGAAUAAUGCUCGAAUGAAGCAGCUGAAGCGCCAGGUGGAGGAGGCAGAAGAGGAAGCUCAGAGAGCCAAUGCCAUGCGUCGCAAGUUGCAGCGUGAACUUGAGGAUGCAACAGAGACUGCAGAUGCCAUGAACCGAGAGGUCAACACUCUAAAAAGCAAGCUUCGGCGUGGCGAUGUACCAUUUGUCACAAGACGCGUUGGACGGAAGGGUGUUGAUGACGCAUCUGAUGAAGACCUGGAUGGCAAACUAGACUCUGGAGAUACUAAGUCUGCUGAUUAGAACGUCCUCUGCCUUAAACCUCACCCGUUGCCUCCCUGUCCUUCAGUACCCGGAUGUACUGCAGCCUGCACAGAACUGAUCAUGUCCCAAACCUGCCAAGCGGGAGCGAUUUUAUAUAACUGUUAUACUGUGCGGGUCUGACGGUCAGGGUAUUCCUGUCUUCCUCUUGCAACACCAAAGCCAUUACUUGCUCUGAUGCAAUCUCAUACCUAGAAUGUAGGCCAGGCUUCGUACCCUGUGGCUCCUGACAGCAAACGGCAAUAGGUUUGUGCACUUUGUCUGAAUUAAUGUGUAAAACCAUCGGAUGGGUUACCGAGGUGCCUGUAUGGUCUCAUCUUAAUUCAACACUUUCUAUGUUGGGGAGAAGUGGCUGCUUGUAGUGGUCUCUUCCUUUCUUUUGUUGCCUUUAAUCCUGUGGUGUCGUCGCUGUGGCGGGUGACUCCCUGUGCUGUCCUUAUCUGUUCACAACUGCUGCUCCCUCUGGUCUGUCAUGUAAGCUCUGGAAGUGGCAGAAAACUUGUGCUGUAUUUCAGGGGAUUCAGUUCAGGACCAAAUCUAUUUAAUCUGAGAAUAUGAAAAUGUUUAAAUUACAUUAAAAGUACUUUUUUUUACUUGUAUGUGUCCACAGGAACAAUAAAAGUGUAUUCUAAAUAUGUAACUGGAGACCUAAAUGAAUUUCACCUCCUAUAUAAUCAGUUAUUAUGCACACUUGUACACAUUUUGUAUCUUUAUUUUUAAAGAAAAAAACAUCCUUUUCUUGCCACCACUACCCACAUUGGGAUCUCUGUACGGACAUUAGAAGCUCUUGCUGGGCUCAUUAGUGACUGGUUGACCAGAAGACACUAGUUUAUUUUCUGCAUCCACCUCUGUAUCUUGUGCUCCGUAAGUGCCUUUAUGCUGCAGCCGAUAGUGAUGGAGCACGUCCACUUGCUCCUGACUUAUGUAAUAAACUUUGCCAGUGCUGCUUG